AUGGAUUGGAGAUUUUGGAGAUCGCCGCUGGGCAUCAUCUCCCUGUGUUUGGCCACUGCGGGACCUGGGUCUCGAGGGGCAAAACGCGACGUGUGCCCCAGCGAAUGCGAAUGCUCAGAGUGGACAGCGCUUAAAGUCACCUGCAAGGAGAUCGACCGCAUCCCAGCCUUGUCCAGCAGCACCGAAACCCUCCGAUUCAUGGAAACUCACUUGAAGACGAUUCCGACUGGGGCUUUUGCAAACCUUCCAAACAUCUCCCGGAUAUAUAUUUCCAUCGAUGCCACCCUGCAGAGAGUGGAUGCCCUCGCCUUCUUCAGCUUAAAUAAAGUCACCCACAUAGAGAUCCGCAACACGAGGAGUCUGACCUCUACCCACCCGGACGCUUUCAAGAACCUCCCAGUUUUAAAAUAUCUGGGGCUAUUCAAUACUGGAUUGCUAUCGUUUCCGGACUUGACAAAGAUCUGUUCAACCGAUGUGAAUUUCUUACUGGAAUUUGCCGACAAUCCCUAUAUUUCAGCCAUACCAGCAAACGCCUUCCAGGGCUUAUCAAACGAAUCACUAACUCUCAAGCUCUACAAUAACGGAUUUACUAAGGUCCAGGCUUAUGCCUUCAAUGGAACUAAAUUGGACGCUGUGUACCUGCACAAGAAUAAACACAUGUCCACCUUCCACCAAGACGUAUUUUCGGGUGUUCAGGGCGGACCCACUCUCCUCGACGUGAGCCAGACCAGUGUCCACUCUCUGCCAAUCAGAGGCUUGGAAACCCUGAAGGAAUUGAUAGCAAAGAACACGUGGACCUUAAAGAAGCUGCCUCCUCUGAAGACUUUCCUUCACCUGGUGAGAGCUCACCUCACCUACCCCAGCCACUGCUGUGCCUUCAAAAACUGGAAGAAAAACAAGGGGAUUUUGGAGUCACUGAUGUGUAACCAGACGUCUGGGCCAGGCCUCAGACACAGGAGGUCGAUUCACAUGUACAACGGACCUCUCUACCAAGAUUACAACAUGGGGCACGGCACGGAACGGGCAGACCCGGCCUUCGACCGCGACUCCAAGUCCAGAGAUUUCCAGGGCAACUCCCACUACUACGUGUUCUUCGAGGAACAAGGCAAUGGGGACGUGGGCUUCGGGCUGGAGCUGAAGAAUCCGCAGGAAGACCUGGUGCAGGCCUUUGACAGCCAGUAUGACUACAUGGUGUGCGGUGGGAGCGAGGAGAUCGUGUGCCGGCCGGAGCCCGACGAGUUCAACCCGUGCGAGGACAUCAUGGGCUACCCUGCACUGCGGGUCAUGGUUUGGAUCGUCAACCUGCUGGCCAUUUUGGGCAACGUUUUCGUCCUGGUUAUCCUGCUGACCAGCCACUACAAGCUGACGGUCCCUCGCUUCCUGAUGUGCCACCUGGCCUUUGCGGACCUGUGCAUGGGGUUGUAUCUGCUGCUCAUUGCCUCCGUGGACCUCCGCACACGCACCGAGUAUUACAACCAUGCCAUCGACUGGCAGACGGGGCCGGGCUGUGGGGCAGCUGGCUUCUUCACGGUCUUCGCCAGCGAGCUCUCGGUCUACACGUUGACCAUCAUCACCCUGGAACGCUGGUACACCAUCACCUUCGCCAUCCGGCUGGACCGCAAGAUGCGUCUGCGCCACGCGGCAGCCAUCAUGGCUGGCGGCUGGGCCAUGUGCUUCCUGCUGGCUGUCCUGCCCCUCGCCGGGAUCAGCAGCUACAUCAAGGUCAGUAUCUGCCUGCCCAUGGAUGUGGGGACGCCUCUAGCUCAGACCUACAUCGUGCUCGUCCUUCUGGUCAACAUCACGGCUUUCGUCAUCAUCUGCGUCUGUUAUGUGAAGAUCUACGUGACGGUCAGGAGCCCCCAUUACAAGCCGGGCAGCAAGGACACCAAGAUCGCCAAGAGGAUGGCGGUGCUCAUCUUCACCGACUUCACCUGCUUGGCGCCCAUUUCCUUCUACGCCUUGUCCGCCAUCUUGAACAAACCACUGAUUACCGUCAGCAACUCCAAGAUCCUCCUGGUCCUCUUCUACCCGCUCAACUCCUGCGCCAACCCCUUCCUCUACGUGAUCUUCACCAAAGCCUUCCGCAGGGAUGUCUUCAUUCUGCUGAGCAAGGCGGGCUUCUGCCAGCAGCGGGCGCAGAUAUACCGCGGCCAGACCGUCUCGGGCAAGAACAGCAGAAACUCUUCGGAUGGGGGAACAGAAGGGCCUAACGUUGUGACUCGCCUGCAGGAGAUACUUACUGAGAAACCCAUGACACCCUCAACCUAG